AUGGCCCUGUGCCGCUCGGAUCGAUAUAAUCUAUAUGGAUAUCUUGAUUUAAAAAUUCUUAAUGAAUAUGGUGAAUAUGCCAAUAGUCUGUGUGAAUUUGUUUUAAACACAAUCGUAGUUGAUUAUGUUGUACAAAUAUCAAUCAAAAAUCAUAAAAAUUCACUCAAUAGUUCACAGUCAAACUAUGGAGCUUGUAUUUCGUUAAAUAAUAUUAAUUUAGAUACUGAUUUUAUACCUUAUGGAGAAAAAAUGCGUCGUAUUUGUGCUAUGUCAAAAUCAACAUUGUACGAUCUAAAAACAACUCGAUUAGUUCAUCCAUCAUGGAUCGUACGAUUUCCGCUUAAUUAUAAACGUGUAUUACGUGCAUUUGCAUGUAAUCUUCGCCAUUUAGUGAAAAAAAUCGGUGAUAUCGAAGGAUAUGUUAGUCAAGCGAAUUUAAACGAAGAAAUCAUUCGUUAUCAUGCUAUAUCAGCUGCAUUAACAACAGUGAAAUACGAUCUGUUAACAUUAUAUGUUACUAUUCGUUCUGGGAAUCUUCGAGCAACGAAAACAUCUUUUUUAUAUCCGAUUUUAAGUGAUACACAGCGAUGGUUAACAUAUUCAUAUUAUCAGAUAAAAAUGAUUCUUUCGACUUUUCCUGGUUCAAAUUUUAGUCGCAAUUCAAAAAACCGAACACAAACUAAAGGCUGUUUUCAAACAUUAAAUAUGAUAAAUAGGAAAUUCAAAAAACCUAUGGAACAAUUGGAAACAAGUUCAAAUAUCAGUAAAACAGAACAAUUGAGUAUCAAUCAAGACUAA